CGUACCGGCUUCCCCCGGCAGCCAGGCUUUGGACGAGGGCGGGCCAGAAGUCACCGGACUCCAGCCACCGGAUUCUCGGCUAGCGGAGCUCGGUGCGAUGCACGCUGGGAACUGUAGUCCGGCAGGGCUGCGGCGGAGCAGAGGGGCCCGGGCGCCUUGGCGGGGAUAGGGGCUCGGGUGUGUGGGAGGCUUAAACCACUUUUAGGGACACAGAGCCUCCCGGAGCCCCCAGUGCCUGUCGCCGAACUCCGCGAUACCACGGUGAGCUAGGCCGCGGCAGCGCUCGGCCGUCUUAGAGCGGCCGCCGCGUGGAACGGGGCCCCCUAGGUCCUGCCUUCCGCCGCCUGUCCCCCCAUAGGCGGGGCCCGCCGGGACGGCGCGCGGGGCUCCGCCUUCCUCGACCAAUGGGAAGGCCGGAAGCCUCCAUGCUGGGUGUGGCUGAAGGGCCGGCCCCGCCUCGGCGCCUGGGAACCGGCCGGAGCGGGCCGGAGGGGGCGCCACUCCCCCAGACGUCGGCUGCGCGGCGCUCCGAGGCGAUGGCUGCGCGGCCCGUCGUUCUCGGUAUCGACCUGGGCACUACGUCUGUGAAGGCGGCCUUGGUGGAGGCUGUGCCCGGCGACCCAUCGGGGUUUGUGGUCCUGGCGAGCUGUGCCCGGGCUGCGCGGGCCGAGGCGGCGGCCCAGAGCGCGGCGGCAGGGCCCCAGGGGCAGGAGCAGGAUGUGAGCAGGAUCAUCCAAGCCCUAAAUGAGUGCCUUGCUGCGCUUCCUCGGCAGCUGCUCCAGGACGUCUGUGGCAUUGGAGUUGCAGGACAAAUGCAUGGAGUCAUGUUUUGGAAAACAGGCCAAGGCUGUGAAUGGACAGAGGGAGGGCCCUCUCCUGUGUUUGAGCCCAGAGCCGUGAGCCACCUGGUCACAUGGCAGGAUGGCCGGUGUAGCAGUGGGUUCCUGGCUUCUUUGCCCCAGCCAGAGUCCCAUCUCAGUGUGGCCUCAGGGUUUGGCUGUGCAACCAUCUUCUGGCUUUUGAAGAAUAGCCCAGAGUUCCUGAGGUCCUACGAUGCUGCUGGCACCAUCCAUGACUAUGUGGUUGCCAUGCUGUGUGGCUUGCCAAGAUCCCUGAUGUGCGACCAGAAUGCUGCUAGCUGGGGAUAUUUCAACACUCAGAGCCAAAGCUGGAACUUGGAAAUAUUGAGGGCCUCAGGCUUUCCCAUGCACCUGCUCCCAGACAUCGCCGAGGCCGGCAGUGUGGCGGGCAGAACUUCCCAUGCCUGGUUUGAAAUCCCACAGGGGACACGGGUGGGCGUGGCCUUGGGUGAUUUACAGGCCUCCGUCUAUUCCUGUAUGGCCAAAAGGACAGAUGCAGUUCUCAACAUCAGCACCUCAGUUCAGUUGGCAACCUCCAUGCCUUCAGGAUUCCAGCCGGCGCAGACUCCAGACCCUGCGGCUCCAGUCACCUACUUCCCGUACUUCGACAGGAUCUACCUGGCGGUGGCAGCGUCACUCAAUGGGGGCAACGUGCUGGCCACGUUUGUCCACAUGCUGGUCCGAUGGAUGGCGGAUCUAGGUCUAGAGGUCGAAGAAUCCACUGUGUAUUCAUGUAUGAUCCAGGCAGCUGCACAGCAAAGAGACACCUGCCUAACUAUCACUCCAACGGUGUUGGGCGAGAGGCACCUGCCGGACCAGCUGGCCUCAGUGACCAGAAUCUCCUCCUCUGAUCUCUCCCUGGGGCACGUGACCCGGGCCCUGUGCCGAGGCAUUGUUCAAAACUUGCACUCCAUGCUUCCAUUUCAACAGCUCAAGGAGUGGGGUGUGGAGCGGGUAAUCGGCAGUGGGAGUGCACUGUCCAGGAAUGAGGUGCUGAAGCAGGAGGUGCAGAGGGCUUUUCCCUUCCCAGUGUCCUUUGGGCAGGAUGUGGACGCAGCUGUGGGGGCAGCUGUGGUCAUGCUCCAGAGAAAUCUUAACCAGAGGGAGUCUUAGUCAGUGCAUCCUUUCGCCAAAAGACUGUUGCAGAUUUUAUCUAACUAACAUUCCUGACAUGACCUUGGGGUCAUCCUUUUCCUGGACAGUUUUGUGGGCAGCUUUUAAGCAAAGCUUGUUUUCAGGGCACCAUCUUGACCAAGAACCUACCUUCAUCCUCUAAUAAUGCAGCCAGGACUCAUCAACUAGAUCCCAAAUCAGUGCUUUCCAAGAGACUCACUUGGGAAUUGGUCGCAAAUGUAAAUGUGGAAAAAAGAGAGAGGGACAAAGAAAGAAAAGGAACAGUAGCCCAGCAUCAUGGUCAGCAGGCUCUUCUGUGAUUCACCUGUAGACAAAGAGACCAAAAAGUCUCCAAGUAAGAAAAGAAGGCCCCCCACCCCCCACCCCCCUGCCGCUCCAGCUUUUGGGAUGAUUGUAUUUUGGGACAUGAAGCCCAGACUUGGCUCACAUGCACUGUUGGAAAAGUCCUUCCCUACUGGAUUGUAUCAUGUGUCCCUGCAGUCCCCCUCCCAUUCUUGUUCUCCCUUGGUCAUAGCUGGUUAGCUGAGGCAGGGUAUGGCCCAAGAUAGUAAAGCAGACUGGCUGAGAUGAAGAUGCAGGGGUCUCUGCUGGCCUUCUCACCAUGUGCUCCCCCUUCCAAGGAGAGCCUGCUGCACUGGAGCUGCUCCAGACCCUUAACACAACUGGCUCGAAGGCACAUAGCAGGGAAGGAAAGGGGGCGUAGCAUGACCAGCAAGGGAGAUGGAUGCUGCAUGGCCCCACCAUUCAGGCAUAUUGUUCCCAAGAGUCUGACCAGGCACGAGUAGGACCCCUUUCCAGGGUGUGUCUGGGCAGCAGUGUGUUUUUGGCCCUGUACAUUCUUGGGAAUCUUUCCAACAGAGGGAUGUGGCUGGGCAUGCUCCUGUCAGAGAGGGUGGACAAUUUACUCAGAGAGAACCCCUUAUCCUGCGGCCCUAGCCUUUCUUUCUCUUGGUGUAGGCCUUGCUGGGCCACUAUGUGUCCUGGCUCGCAGAAACAUUCCCCUGGAGUCAGCAUCCCUGCAGGGAUCCCAGAGCAUCUUAAACCUUCCAGUAGUUGGUAGGCAUGAACAUGGAUGGCAUGGCUUCCAGGAGAAAGCCAUCAUUGCUGCAUCUAAUUCCAGACUCCCAAGAGUGAUCCCAAGCCUCAAGCAGGCCUGACUCUGAGGCACCUGGGCAACUAUGAGUCUGGGAAGCAGUCCUGUUGUCUCUUUGUAAAUGUCACUUUAUGAAUUAUGUGAUUGUCCGAAGCUCUUAGAUUAAUCUGCCUGGCCAUGCUGAUUGGAUUUUAGAUACUAAAGCUCAUUCUUCCAGAGACUUGUACUUUUAAUAAGACACACCUGUCUUCUUUGGGAUUGUUGUAAAUUAUGGCAUAGCUGCAGAGCUUGGUUUGGGAGGUUGGACAUAGCCCUGAGGAUCAUUUGUAGGUUGUACUAUAGAAAACCCCUGCCUGCCCCGCAGUUCUGCCGGGACAAGUGGCUGAAGAUCACUCAGGAAAGUCAUGUGAGUUUUCUCUCAGCUAGAAUGAGUCGACACCAUUAUUUUGGAGCCGUGGCAGGCCUAUGAGAGAGAAGCCACCUUGGGAUAGGCCAAAAGAUAACAGCCCUGUCCGUCAGGAGGAAUUGGUCCUCCGGCUUCGGGGAGGCAGCCUGUCUUGCGUCCUCAGAGUGCUGUGGAUGGAGUCCGUCAACGUAAGAUGAGAACCUGGAUGCAAGGCCAGGAAGCCCAGCCCAGUGCCCAGUGUGGGGCUGGAACUCCCUGUUCCCUUUCCACAUGUCCCCUCUACCUCUGAGGGCUGAGCCUCGUGCCGUCCAAGCUUGUCAGCUCAGAGCCCUGCUGCGGUAUUUAUUGCACGUGGCCUGGGCCUCUGCAGGGGGGUUGAACACAGCUCCCAGGGCCUCGUUUCUUCAGCCUGAAGUCACAAACCACUCACUGCUUUUGCUGUCAUUCCUGGAAGGUACCAGUAAGUGUUUGAUACCAGCACGAUCCUCAUGUGAGGAACUGGCCUUGAGGACUGCCUGCCCGUGUCCGGAUCUUACAGGCACACGGUAGGCUCGCACUUUCCCACCUGAUUGCUUUGGCCAGUGAAACGUGAGCAGAAGUGUGCCACUUGUUCUGUGCCUUCAGGCCAGUUGUGUGGGCCUUUAGGAGCCCGUGUGUGAUGCGUCACAUUGCCUUCCUUUUGCCACCAGUGACUGGUCGUGUCCCAGAGAAGGGCUCUGUCAGCUUGGGUUCCAUGUUAGGACAGUGUGGCGGAGAACCCUCACCAACGAAUGAGCAACGUGCAGUGGGACUAAGAAAUAAACCUUUGAUGUUUGACACCA